CAGGCGCAGCGGCUGCGCCCUGCUCCCCGGGCGUGGGCGAGCUGGCCGCGUGUGCCUGGCUGCUUGACGCGAGCACGAGCCAAUCAGGGUGAGCGGCCUGGGCUGCCAUGUGACGGGCGAGGCGGCCCCUCUCCCAGCCCGGCCAGAGGGAGGAGAGAACCGGGGCUCGCCGCGAGCCUUCGAGAGCAGCGGCCGCAGAGGAGGCGGCGGCAGCGGCAGCGGCAGCGGCGGCAGCACAGGCGUGGGGCCAGCCGGGCGCGCAUCCCUGGGCGCCCUGCGCCGCGGAGAACUCGGUCGGUCGCGGGAGCCGCAGGACAGGAGUGGACAAAGCAAGAUGGCAGGGAUCUUAGCCUGGUUCUGGAACGAGAGGUUUUGGCUCCCGCACAAUGUCACCUGGGCGGACCUGAAGAACACGGAGGAAGCCACCUUCCCGCAGGCUGAGGACCUCUAUCUCGCCUUCCCCCUGGCUUUCUGCAUCUUCAUGGUGCGGCUCAUCUUCGAGAGAUUUGUAGCCAAACCAUGUGCCAUUGCCCUCAACAUUCAGGCCAAUGGACCACAGAUUGCGCAGCCGAAUGCCAUUCUGGAAAAGGUCUUCACUGCGAUUACAAAGCAUCCUGAUGAAAAGAGAUUGGAAGGCCUCUCCAAGCAACUGGACUGGGAUGUGAGAAGCAUUCAGCGCUGGUUUCGACAAAGACGCAACCAGGAGAAACCAAGCACUCUGACGAGGUUCUGUGAGAGCAUGUGGAGAUUUUCAUUUUACCUUUACGUAUUUACCUAUGGAGUGCGGUUCCUGAAAAAGAGUCCCUGGUUGUGGAAUACAAGGCACUGCUGGUACAACUACCCCUAUCAGCCGCUCACGACUGAUCUUCACUACUAUUACAUCCUGGAGCUGUCGUUUUAUUGGUCUUUAAUGUUUUCCCAGUUCACUGAUAUCAAAAGAAAGGACUUUGGCAUUAUGUUCCUGCACCACCUUGUAACUAUUUUCUUGAUUACCUUUUCAUAUGUCAACAAUAUGGCCCGAGUAGGCACCCUUGUCCUUUGUCUUCAUGAUUCAGCUGAUGCACUUCUAGAGGCUGCCAAAAUGGCAAACUAUGCCAAGUUUCAGAAAAUGUGUGAUCUCCUGUUUGUUAUGUUUGCCAUGGUUUUCAUCACCACCCGACUGGGUAUAUUUCCUCUCUGGGUGUUAAAUACCACAUUAUUUGAAAGCUGGGAGAUCGUUGGACCUUACCCUUCCUGGUGGGUUUUUAACCUCCUGCUGUUGCUAAUACAAGGGUUGAACUGCUUCUGGUCUUACUUGAUUGUCAAAAUAGCUUGCAAAGCUGUUUCAAAAGGCAAGGCUGGGAAGUGGAACCCCUUACAUGUGUCCAAGGAUGACCGAAGUGACAUUGAGUCCAGCUCAGAUGAGGAGGACUCAGAACUUCCAGGGAAGACCCCGCAUGCUGCGACAGCCACCAAUGGGACCAGUGGUACCAAUGGCUAUCUCCUGACCGGUCCUUGCUCCGUGGAUGAUUAAUUACUCAAAACUCCAAGUCCCGAACAAAGUGAACUAUUUGUUCCUGGAAGUAUUUAAUAAAUUGCAAAUGCAGUUCCUUUCAUAAUAUCUCAGCACCAGAAACAAAAAUUAGGAUUAUCAAAGCAUUUUGAAUAGUGCACUGCCAUAUGUCCUGUCUGUGAAUGACGAAGAAUUACCAUUCUCUAUAUGUAGGCAUGCUGUAUGUAACUGACACAAGGGAACAGUAUUUGCAUUUGUACUGUCAUAGAAUAUUAUUUAUUUUUUGUAUUUGUUUGUAAAUCUGUGGACAAAAGAGGGUUUCCUCACUCCUUCUACUCUCUGGGUUCCUGGCAGUGGAGGAGAUGCUUGUCUGCUUCCACCCCUUUCUGUUGCUGUUGUCCGGAGUGCUAGGAGCAUCAGCUUGACUUGGCACUUAGAGCAGGCACAACCAGUGCGAGAUUCUCAUGGCUCUCUGAAUAGCUCUGCUUUCUUUGUGUUAACAGUACCCAUCUGAAACUGCCUCUACAGCAGUGGCCAUUCUCCCCAUGUAAAAAUUAGGCAGGAUGGACUUGAUUUCUUAAUUGUCACUCUUCAUGGUCAGUUAGCAGUUCAGAUGAAAGAGGACAGUUACUAGAAGAAUUUUUUGGUACGAACCUGCUUUGGAAUACACUUCUUUCCUCAUGCACACAGCCAAGAUGACUUCAGUGAGUAUGGUGGCUGGUUGGGGCAUAACCUUGUAGAUUGCAGAAAGUUGUUUUUUGGGUUUUUUGUUGUUGUUGUUGUUUGUUUGUUUUUUAAUUCUCUGAUGGGGUCAGUACUCCAUCUCUAAAGGAAAAUACUAGUGUAAGUUCAUGGUUAUAUACAAAGAAAUCACUUUGAUACUGGGGAUUGGCAUUGUAUUCUGGGAAUAAGGUAAAGAGAACAGCUGAUUUUCAAGGUUUUCCCACUAACCCUGUAAGUAGCAGUUUUCUCUGGUCUCCUUCACACACACACACACACACACACACACACGAAGCAAAGUGUGUUUUGAUGGAAAAGAAGUACUCUUUCAAGAGUUAGCCAAGAUCAUCUCCAGUGCAAGGUACUUUGUUGCAACUGCUUUUCAAGGAAAAACCCUAUCUAGUAUUUGAUCUUGAGGUUUCAGCUUUGCCAGUAAAGCCAGUGGGAUGAAGACUCUUUCACCGAUUGCUUCUCCCCUUAAGCACGUCCCAGAAUGACUCUCCUCACUGAGAACGGAGCAGUGUUGGGCUCCCAGUCUUUUGUGUGCUUCUGUGAAAGCUUACUUGAUUUCCAAGAGUUCUUUUCCAAAUGGAUCUAUUCCUAGAGAAACAACAAAAAUUCUAUUGGACAAUGGCAGUACAGGAAUGAGCAAAAUGACUGGAGAAUGUGUUUCCCUGUCUUCUCCAUGGCAGUUAUUGAUAUGCAGAUAAGAAAACUACAUAUGUAAGCCAAAGAUUUUAUCUUUUCUUCCAACUUUUCAUAAGAGGGAGGGAAGUGGGGUUACAGAUCAAAAAGACCAUUGCCUAAAACAGGGGUCCAGGAUACAAAUGCAAAAACAAAAAUGUGUGGAUGAGAGCUCGGUGAAUACAGCAGCAAAAUGCAGAGAGUACUUUCUGUCCUGCUCAGAGCCGGUCACAGUCAAUUCUGUGUUUUGAAAAAAAAAUUAAAAUACAGCUUUGUGCCCACAGUUUUCAACCUGUAAGUUAGUAGUUAAAGGAAUGUUCCCAAACCAAAACUCGCAGUAAUAUUAAAUCUUUCUGCACCUACUUACAAAAUAGUAUGUUUCUGCUAUAGCCCAGAGCAGAGGGAAGAGGCUUGAAAAUCUGCUUAUUUAUUGAGAAAACAAUGCAACUAGUUCUGCUGGUAGAAAUGUAUUAUUUUUAUUUCACAAGACAGGCGUGUGUCUGAGAGCGUAGCUUGUGCAUGGUUGAGUCUGUGAGACCAGUCUUUAAACCUUAAAAAUACUUGUUAGUCACCAGAACAUCUGUUAAAAUGCAGCUAUAUAAAAAGUAAUAGCAAGCAUAUUUUGGCUGCAGAUUUUGAGGUGAGAGCUCCACUCUGUAUCAACUAACACAGGGAACAUAUUUGUCUCACUUUGGCGUCGGGUUCAGGUCUUAGCAGCAGGUGACAUGAGGAGAGGGCCACAGGGUGGCGCUGUUGGGGUCACAUGACACUGGCCCAGGAACGUCCCAUCAGAAGGACCAGCUCCUAAAGUUAAGGUUAGAAGAAGUGCAUGAUGUGCAGUGAAUUGAGCCUGUCACUAGCAAAGGCAAAUCCAAACACUGUUUUGUUUUUCGCAGAAGUAGCUUAGAAGGACUGGGUGUGUGUGCAACCUCUCUGGCUGCAGGCAGUCAUUUAACACCGCCCUCUACAUCCCUACAGAUUUUUAGUUCAUUUUAUAUUUUAGAGCAAAGAGUUCUUUCUGGCUAAUCAAAAUGGAGUCUGUAGGCUCUUUAGUAGAGUAGUAUAUCGCUAUCCACUGCUCUCCCUUGGUGGGCUGCUAAGGCUGAGAGAGAAACAGAGGUGAGGGGUCUGAUGUUCCGCUUGUGCCAGGCCACACCAUAGCGUUGGAAGUGUGUUUUGUCAGUGCAGCUGUAGUUAGUGGGAGUGCUGUUUCUCAUUCAGUAAUUUAGCCUGUGUGGAUACCUCCUUCCUUCCGGUCACGUUCAAACCUUCCCAGGGUAAAAGGGGUCUGUAGAAUAGAGUCCAGGAAAGCAAUGCUUUCUUCUCCAAAGUUAUAGCUUCUCUGGAUUUCUUAGUUGGGGGAGAAGUAGAAAACUAAGUAGAAUUUGGCCUCAGGUCAAUAAAUGAUAUAAAAAUAUGUGACUGUGUAUGUAUAUGUAUGUUUCUCCAAAAACGUGAUAAAGCCAAAAUAUCACUGACUCAUCCUUCUCCACCUUCUUUUCAUGAAAUCCAUCCACCGUGGCCUGAGACAUUUCUCUGUCUCUCACUCUCACUGUUUAGCAUCCUGCCUGUUCCUGCCCCUCACACAGCCGAGAGUGGUGGAACCCCUCCGCCUCCUAGCCGCAGAGCUGGACGCGGUGGAGUCUAGGUCACAGGGCACCCAAGGGCAGCACAGAAGCCAUGUACAGUUCACAUGUCCAAAUGCAGUGCCAUGGGUGUUGACAGUGGGGGAGCGCCGAUCAGUAUUUUGGAUUAUUCGAGUCUGUGUUAUAAAAAUGCCUACGAUUGCCGCCUCACCGCAGGGUUUAGUGACACGCCACUCUUGCUGGGCAGCCAGGCAAAAGGUGUCCUGAGAUGCCGUCACGUAACGCCCCAGCAUCUGGGAAAGGUGAAGGAGGCAGGAAAGGCGGGCAGGAAGGAGCAUCACAUGAGUUCACCUGUAGGCCACUUGGUGGCUGACCCUCACAGUGUCCCGUUGUGUUGCCAACCUCCCAUUCUAAGUAUCCAAGCAAACUGAACGCCUUCAUCUUGCAUAGAAAGGGCCUGACUUGUCCACUUUGUCUAACAACCUCGUUGUUAUUGGGGCUAAGUAAAAAGUGAGAUUGUAUUUCAGCUUACCCAAGAUUUUGCUGAAGAGCCAACUGUUCUCUAGAGAGAACUUUAUAGAUACCUGUGAUUGUCCCCAGUCUGUUCAUGAUUUUUGAAAUAAUUAUUUUUGGUCCUUUUUUGGAAAUCUUAAUGCCAAAGUUGCCAGAAUAUUUGACUUUUUUUUUUAAUUUGAAGAAAAGUAUACUGAAUAAUUCCAAAGGUGUUAAAGAUUCUCUUUCUCACUAUGUGUGAUGUCAUUAUAUCCAAAGAAGCUUCAAGAAAUCCUUGGGAAAUAAAGAUUAAAUGUUUACAUUUCAUGUGGCAUAUGCAGUUUUAAGGUUCUACUUGGCUACCUUUUUUCUCUUGAUCGCUGAUUCUGCUUUGUGAGUAAAUAGUAGUAGCUCUGAAGGGUUUCUAACAUCCAAGUAAGAAAAAAUCAAAUUGGAUCCAAGUCAGUCUGAUAGGAAAGUGAUUAUGUGGCUCUUGCAAGGCCUACAUAAUCCACAUGGAGAGAGAAAAUUAAGUGAGCUUUAGUUAUUGUACAGUUACUGCUGUCCAAAAUCCUAUCUAUGGAAAAAUAAUCAUAAAUAGCUCAGUAAUCAUAAACAAGUUCUUGACAAAAAUGAAGAAAGAUACUUUUUCUAAUUGAAGAUAUUGUCUCCAGAGACCAUUUAGAUUUCUCUUGGUAAAAUGAAAUUGUGCCACUCUUAAAAUUAACACAUUAGCACUGGUUCACCUGCCAUGUUUUAGUUCAUUUGCUUUUGUGUGCAGUGUCCCUUCCCCUCCCCUAGGGGGCACUUCGUAGAUGCUGAGGAACCCUAUCCUGGAUGCUGUGGGAAGUCCUCCAGUUCACAGAGGUAGGGUAGCUGUUGCUCGUUUUCAAGGAGACAAUUAAAUUAGAGAACGCAAAGCAUCGUAAAUAUCAUUAAUAAGAUCUGUAAACACCCAAAGGAGAACCUUGGUCUUUUCCAGGUAUUUCCCAGUUGAGUCUACUCCUAAGGCGCUCGAAAGGAAAGCAUUUACAACAUCACGAGGCAAGAGCCCACCAGAACACACAAAUACUGGAUCUCAGCAGCAGGACAGCACAGGGCACUGCCCAGGCAAGGGUGGCUGGGAUCAUCAGCCUUGGACCUUUUUUUUAAUCUCACCCACUCACCUUCCUUUCAGCCUCCUGGUCAAGGAAAACCGGGAUGUUGCCAUUUUGCUGUGAUGGAUUUCCCAGUAGCCUCUGGAUCAGCCAUGCAGGCCGUGUUUCUGAAAGAAACACUGUGCCCGAGAGUGUUUUCCUGCCCAGGUCAGUGAGACCUUGGCUUCCGCUCCUGCUGCAGGGCCUGGACACCAGGGAACGGCAGCUGCUGGAAUGGUUUCUGUUUACAGUGAAAAGUUAGAUGUCACUGGGAUUAUUUUCUCCUUUUUUUAAUCAACAAUAAUUUUUUUAAUUGUCAUGGUGAGGCUUCCCUUUGGAAUUUGUAAAGAAGAAAUGAGCUCUCUAAUUAAAAAAAUGAAGUGGUGAUUCUGGAACUUUAAUUUGGAGCUCCGUUGUGUCACAUAUGGAAAACACCCGCCCAUACACACACACACACACACACACACACACACACACCCUUGAUUUCCCGAAGUUUCCUAAGGCCCCAAAACUCAUGAUUUCUAUCAACUCUUUGCCCACCUCAUGGUCAUACACCUCCACACCAUUUGUUGUCAGGGAAGAAGGUGGUGGUUAGAUGUUGGAUUUGAUUUUUUUUUUUUUUUUCAAUUUGCAGUGAGAAAUAGGAGAGGUGACAAAUCCACUUGUUUUCUUAAGACAAUUCAGUCCUUGAGCAUCUCUGUUGGAAGUGAAAUGAUGUACUGUUAGCCGAUUAGAAUUAUUUUGUGUAUUGUUACUGUGUUUUGCUGAUUUUUAUAUGGAAGUAUAAUUAUUCAUUCUUGAUCUCUGGAAGCAAUCAUUAUUCUAAGGAUCAUUUGACUUUGGAAACACUUUCAUAAUAAAGAUAAGUAUUAAAGAA